AUUUCUCGCAAAGCUUUCGUCACUAAUUGUGGUUACGCUUUAGAGGCUCCCCUCUCAUCCCCCACAUGAGAACACUUGACCUGCCUCACCGAGCCAGGAUAAUUACUACGUUCUCUUGGCAUCGCCAUUAUACGUCAAUGGAUACUGCCUUAUCGGAUGUCUUUUCAUCUACGCUAUGCUAAAUUGUAACCAUGUCCGAGUGGUCGUGCACCUGCAUAUGAAAUAGCAUUCGCUUUUUGAAAUAUUAUAACUACCUACCUAAGGUACCUAGGUUAGUUGAGAUAAUAAUUUUAAAGGUGUAGGCUUGCUAACUACCCUUGAUUAUCUACCUAUUGGUAUGAAAGAGAGGCUCGUAUGCUACCUUCUUAAGCACUGUAAGCGCCCUUCUAAGAUGAGUCCCUUGGCGCUCGAGCGCUGGACGCUAUUCCAGACGCUCUUGUUUUUAUGUAGUCCUUUUGUUGCCGCAGUUAGCUAUGGCGAGAACCACGCCCCAGUCGAGAAAGAUGAGGAGCUUGUAGCAGCAAACUUCCCUAACACCAAUGAGACGCUGUUCUCACCGGCGUUUACGGACCUAGGGAGCAUCUUGCCGGGGUUCACUAAUGGUACGGAUGGCCCGACCGAUGAUGCGACACUUGACAUAUUUCUGCGCUCAAUAGCGGAGCGGAAUGACUGGGUGCAAUAUAAGGUUGCAGAUUUCACCUCCGAGGAGGGACGCGCGUUCCCCUACGUCGUUCUGUCAAGCCCAUCCUCGAAAAGAACCAAGGAGCCAAAACUCCGCGUCUGGAUCCAGGGAGGCGUGCAUGGAAAUGAGCCCGCGGGAGACCAGGCAGUGCUUGCGCUGCUAGGCAAGCUGGAUGCAAAUUACAACUGGAGGGAACGACUUCUCGAGCGUUUGGAUAUCACGUUGCUGCCCCGGUAUAACCCGGACGGAGUCGCAUACUUCCAACGCGCCCUGGCAAGCAACUUAGAUCCGAACCGCGAGCAUACGAAGCUCUUCCGAGAAAUAUCCAGAGGCCAUAAGCGUCUCCUUAGUUCCUUCGCGCCGCACAUCACAGUCGACAUGCACGAGUUCACAGGGACCCAGCCCUCCGGCAGCGGCGGGAUAUAUAAGCACGGGAUGGACGCGCUCAUCGCCGCGGGCAAGAACCUCAACACUCACCCCGACAUCCGGAACAUCUCGGAGGUGCUCUUCUCGGCAGGUGUCGGGCAGCGUCUGGUGCAGAAGGGGUUCCGAUGGGAACCGUAUUUCACGGGAGCGUCUACGGGAUCGGAUAUCGUGCUCGAUGAGGCGGGGAGCGAUGCGAAGAGCGGGAGGAAUAAUUAUGCACUGACGCAGAGCGUGACGAUUCUGUGUGAAGUUAGGGGGAUUAGGCUUGCGGAUCAGCAUUUUCAGAGGAGAGUUUCUACGGCGCUGAGUAUGGUUGGGGGGAUAUUGGAUAUUGCGGUGGAGAAUUUUGAGGAGGUGUAUCGGACGGUCGAGGGUGCUAUAGACAAGUUCAUCCACAGUGAUGAUCCUAUCGUACUAACAGACUACCCCAACCCGACGAACCGCAACAUUACCUUCAUCAACCGUACCGACGGGCAGCUUACGCAAGUCCCCGUGACCUUCCUCAGCACGACACCCACAACCGCAAACCAAACACGUACCCGCCCCGAAGCAUACCUCAUCCCACGAACAUGGUCCGAACUAGCAUCCCGCCUUCGCGACUCCGGGGUCGUCGUCGAGACCCUCAAAGACGGAUAUCGCGGCCCAGCCGAAGCGCUCACAAUCACAUCAGCAUCGGUCGCAAGGGGGUACUACGAGGGCGCGGUGCAAGUCACAGUGACGACGAAGCCCGUGCAGAAAGAGGUGCUUGUGCUUCCGCCGGGAAGCUUCCGGGUCAGUAGCCGGCAGAAAAAUGCCGCGCUAGCGUUCGUUGCGCUCGAGCCGGAGAACGUUGAUUCGUAUGUGCGGUUUAAUCUUGUCCCGGUGCAGGUGGGAGAUGAGUAUCCGAUUUUUAGGGUGCCAAGGGGGGAGCUGAGUGAGUGAACUGAGAGUGAGGUGUUUAUUAACUGGUUAAGUGAGGGUUAAUAAUAUGAGCA